AUGCAACCUACCUCCUCCUCCUCCGCCUCCUCCUCUUCUUCCACACUUCCAGUUAUUCUUCCAAAAGAACCAGCCAAUGAUAGUCAUUACGUCGACAUUCCACGAGUGAAACGAUCGAGAGCCAAACGCAGUUGCGAUCUCUGCCGAAAGAAAAAGACUCGAUGCAAUGCGGAUGUCAUGCAACCUUGCAGUACAUGUCAGAGCAACAAUACAGCAUGCGAAUUCUCAAUGGAGCAAAAGAAACGAGGACCUGUUGCAGCAAGCUAUGUUGAAGAGUUGGAGAGCCGUAUACGACGCUUGGAAGCCUUACUGCAAAAGUCCAACAGCAACAGCACUAUCACCAGUACUCAGUCAGCUGACAAAUCAAGGCCACCCUCCUUGGAGACAUAUUGCCGUGGUCUAGUAGUGGAUGAAGCAGUUGAUAAUGAGGAUGCUCUUGCCGGCCACCUUGGAAGACUUCAGCUGACCGAUUAUGAUCACACGCUCUAUAUUGGUGGUAGCUCUGGAUUUCAUUUGAUGGAUCAGCAACUAUUCAGCACAAACCUUCGCCAUCGCGUCUUAGGUGCUAAGGAGCCAUGGGUGGUGCAAAAAGUCAACAGUGAAAAGGAUGAACACGUGAUCAUUCAUGGAGAAGAGUACAAUGCAGCCGAUGGAUUGCGGAUACUUGCAAGCCAACCCCAUCCCAAACAUCGACACAUGUUGUUUUCGGAUAUACCAGAGAUGACCGUAGCGAUUGCUGAUGAUCUCAUCAAAAGUUAUUUCAUCCAUAUCCAUCCUCAUUAUCCUAUCGUGAACAAGGUAUCCUUUCUCGAGCAAUACUAUUAUCAGCAUCCUCAGCCACCCAGCAUGCAUCUGUUAUACGCCAUGUGCACGUUAGGAGCUCAAUACUUGAUCCGAGGGAAACAUACGAGACACGAUCGAGAUAUCCUUAGGCGCAUUUACAAAACGCUGAGAUCCAAAGCAGAGCAAAUCCUCGAAUACGUCCAUAAGCGUUCCAAGCUUAGCACAGUACAAGCACUUUUAUUGCUGUCAAUGUUCACGGCUGGUGAAUCAGAUAACCUGGAUGAUAUGCUUCAGCAGUGGUAUAUUUGUGGACUGGCAAUUCGUAUGGCGCAAGGAUUAGGUUUACAUCGCACCUCCAGACAAUGGCAAAUCCCAAGUCAUGAGAUUGAAUUGCGAAGACGUAUAUGGUAUGCAGCCUAUAAUCUCGAUCGACAAAUAGCUGCUGAAAUGGGACGUCCCAUUGCAAUAUUAGACGAGGAUUUUGAUGUCCAGCUACCCUCUCCGUUUGAGCUACCAUGCUCUUUCCAAACCCAAACACCUAAUGGAUCAAGGCCAGAUUUGAUUGUGGAGGCUGAGACAGCGAUUAUCAACAAGACGCCAGUCUAUGAGAUGUUUCUUCAAGGCAUUGGAUUAUCUCGAUUACUAGGCCAUGUGCUUGUUGCCCUGUAUUCGCCCAAGGUUUUCAAUUCAUCAGCGCGUCGCGAUGGUUACGUGAUUGACGCACUCCAUGCCAAGUUGAUAGAGUGGAAGACAUCAUUACCCAAGCAUUUGAAUUACGCAUUUUGUUCCACAACCGUAAAAAUGCCAGAAGCAGCAUUCUUGAACAUCUCGUACAAUUGCAUUUUGCUGCUGCUACACAGGCCAUUUAUUGGUGAUGAUGAAAUGAUGGAUCUGACACGGGCAUUACAAGCCAUCAGUCUAUGUACCUCAGCAGCUACAAGCAUUGUGGAUUCUGUGAAAGCACUUGAAAAACAAGAUCAUGGGUGCAUGUCGUGGAGUUGGAUCGCAUAUGCUGUAUUCCAAGCUGCGCUUGUCUCCAUACACAAUGCAAAGAGCGAUAAUCAAAGUGUACAACAGCAAGGGAUACACAACCUGACCCAGUGUGCCGAAUUGCAUGCCAAAGAAAAUGCUUUCUCCUCAAGUCGGAUCGCUGGUCUUUUAAGGAAGCUGGCGACAAGAUACUCGGUCUUCAAUGGUCCACGACAUCGCAACAACAACAACGAUGUCAUUUUGUUUUGCCCUACUCAUGCGUCACAUGAUAUCACAUCACCUGGCAAUAACUCUUCAAGCACCACUACCACCACCACACCAUCAUCAACAGCAGACAAUGCAUCCACUCAAAACAAUGAACAACCCCUUUCGGAUAUCCAUCACGCAACCACCUUGGAAAAUGGCCAACAAGAUAAUACAAUGUCGCCAACUUCUUUGUUGAACAAUGAACUGCAAUUUGAUUUAGCAAGCCUCACAUCGGAUAUGCCAUUAUGGAAUGCUCCAAGUGGUGUUACGUGGACCGAUUGGGACCCCUUCUUACAGCAACCAUCAUUGUAG